CGGCCUCGGCGCCCUGCCCCCGCCCCGGUUAAUUAUAUAAGUGCCCCCUCUGCGCAUCUAUAGAUUUCAGCAUUGCCUCUGACCGGAAGAAGAUCCCGGAAGCAACCAAAUCAGAAGCAGAAGCUUAUUAGCUAGUAGUAAGUAGUUUGCACUAGCACGCAGCUGCGUGUUGUGCUGUGUUGUGUCGAUCCAGUUCUUGAUCGAUCUCUCACAACCUCUGCGUAGCUCAUCGGUUAAUAAAUCCAUCUGGGAUUAUCGUAGAUAAGACAUAUAGCAAGGAGUGCAUACUAUACAUAUUGGUAGCAGCAGCUAGUAGCUGCUAGUGAUCGAGCGGUCUCGGUCAUGGAGGCGCUGAGCGGGCGGGUAGGGGUGAAGUGCGGGCGGUGGAACCCUACGGCGGAGCAGGUGAAGGUCCUGACGGAGCUCUUCCGCGCGGGGCUGCGGACGCCCAGCACGGAGCAGAUCCAGCGCAUCUCCACCCACCUCAGCGCCUUCGGCAAGGUGGAGAGCAAGAACGUCUUCUACUGGUUCCAGAACCACAAGGCCCGAGAGCGCCACCACCACAAGAAGCGCCGCCGCGGCGCCUCAUCCCCUGACAGCGGCAGCGGCAGCGGCAGCAACGAGGAAGACGCCGUCGGGCGCGCCGCCUCCCACGAGGCGGUCGUCGAACCCGACCUCGUGCUGCAGCCGCCGGAGAGCAAGCGGGAAGCCAGGAGCUACAGCCACCAUCACCGGCUCCUGACAUGCUACGUGAGGGACGUGGUGGAGCAGCAGGCGGCCGAGGCGCUGUGGGAGCGGCCGACGAGGGAGGUGGAGACGUUGGAGCUCUUCCCCCUCAAGUCCUACGUCGACCUCGAGGCGGAGAAGGUCCGAUACGUCAGGAGCAGCGCCAGCGAGCAGUGCAGGGAGUUCUCCUUCUUCGACGUCGCCGCCGGCCGGGAUCCGCCGCUGGAGCUCAGGCUCUGCAGCUUCGGCCCCUAGACCGGCGGGCGCAUGCACGUAGUGUGUUGGGCCUUGUCGCGCGCGCGCAUCAUUGUGUAGUCCUUGAUUCUAGCUACCGACAUGAAAAGGUGUAGGAGUUGAGAUACAGCAUAAUUUGUACGCUCUACCGACGUGUUGCAUGGAGAGGAUCUGGGAGGAUCAGGGAAAGAGCACGCCGAUGAAAUUUCAGUUUGCCUUUCCUUGAUCUUUUCAUCAUGAGAUUGGGAUGUACUACUACUUCUUUUCGUUCUUUUCUGCUGCCUAUGCAUGGCAUACUAAAAUUAACCCUGUU